UGUUAAGUAUGGCGGCUGUACAUUGUAUAAAGUUAUUUACAUUUUUGAUUUUCCUUAGUAUUAAUAUCAGUUUAUCCCACUGCAAGUCACAAUUAUUUAGUUUGAAUGAAGAAAACUGGGAUGCUAUGCUAUCAGGGGAAUGGAUGGUGGAAUUCUAUGCACCUUGGUGUCCUGCUUGCAAAGCUAUGCAGUCGGUGUGGGAAGAGUUUUCUGGUUGGAGUAAAGACCUGAAUAUCAAAGUAGGUCAGGUGGAUGUUACUCAGUCUCCGGGUCUAAGCGGCCGUUUCAUGGUUACUGCUCUGCCCACCAUAUUCCAUGUGCUCAAUGGUGAAUUUCGACAAUACAAGGGGUCCAGAGAAAAGGAUUCCUUCAUCUCCUUCAUCGAAGAAGAUAAAUGGAAGGCUAUUGAACCCAUUCCAGGAUGGAAGUCACCUUCGUCAUUCCAGAUGUCUAUUGUGUCUUACUUCUUCAAGAUGUCUCAGCUACUUCGGGCAGUCCACACAAGACUAAUGGAAGAUUAUGGACUUCCUACUUGGGGAUCUUACCUCAUAUUUGCCAUUGCCACAAUCUUUGUUGGAGCACUGCUUGGACUGUUGUUUUCUCAGGUGGCUGUUUGUACCAUUGACCUGCUGUCCCCACCAAAGGCGGUGCCUCCUUCUAGUCUCAAGCAGAGUCAGAAAGCCAAGGGGAGCGAUGAUGAGUCGGAAGAUGAUCUCGUGGAGGAAGACCUGGUGGAUGAAAACACACAAGACUCAAACACCGCUCGUAAACGCAAGGCACGCAAAGCUGACUAACGGCAACACAGUUGCAGUACAUUUACAACACAGUCACCAAAUAUGAACUUUUCAAUUCUAGUUAUCCUUGUGACCUAACCCACUAUAUGUAAGUCAGAGACAGUUUUGUUAGCAGUGUUGUUGAAGAUUUUUAUACGGUAAAUCUACAAAGUCAUUAUUUUUGUAGGUUUUGUUAUUGAUUCUAAGAUAAUAAUAUCUCUACACGAGUAUCUGUGCAUUUAGAUAUUCAGUCCUAUGGGCGUUGAAGUAUUAUUAAUUUAUUUAAAAAAUAAAUCUUUCCAUGUACUUCAUUAAAUGUAAGUUAGUUGUAAUCUUGCCUAAGUAAUGUAGCUGUGUGCUAACGUUAGUUGAAUAGAACGUUUCAUUAUUUUUAUACUUUCAUAUUUUGUACCAUAUGUACACUGAAAAAAGGAUUUUGAUUUAUUUAACUUUUAUAAACUAUGCAAAAUGUACUCAAAAAUGUAUUUUUCAUGUAAAUAUUGUGCAAAAUAAAAUAAUAUUUAAUA